CCCCUGACCCCUGUCUGGACAGUGCUGAUUGGCCCUGUGCUUAUCACAUGCACUAUCCCAAGAAAAAAAAAUCCUGUCUAGCAAUACACACUAAACUGAGCAUGUACAGAGUGACUCCACACGAUAUGUCUUAUCAGGAGAUAAGAGGGGGACACUGGAAGAAGGGGAGGAUCAGAGAAGUCAGGAUCAGACAUCUUUUUUUACACAAUGCAGAGGAUUAACCCCUUACUCAACAGUGAGUAUAACAAGCAUGCUUUACUGCAUAUACAGACUGAUUUUACUAUUGUGGGUUUAGUAACACUU